AUGGCAGAUCCAGAGAAGAACGGUGUGGCCAUGCCAAAACACCCUGCGAGGGUAGUCCACAACAACUCCAAUUCCGUAGGGACCAUUUUCUCGGACCACGGAAAGCUUGUGGACGACUACUCUUCUAAGGAACUCCGAAGUGGCCAUACCUCUGUCGACCUAAGUGAUUUAGAGGCUCAGAAGCCCGCCGAACCUCGACGGAAGCAUUUUGCGCACUUCAGAUAUGCUGUCUUUACUGUCUAUCGACGGCUCUUCACGUUUGUCAUGUGUGCAAAUUUAGCAUGCUUCGUCUAUGUGAUGGUCUCCAAUCGACAGCUCGUGGCACUGGUGGAUGCCACUGCUGUAAACUUGGUGGCGUGUGGUCUCGCUCGACACCCAAUGGUUAUCAACGGCAUCUAUAGGGUUGUCUGUUCGCUACCUAGGUCAGCACCACUUUGCUUGCGCCGCAUGGCAGCUAAAGCAGCCCAUUACGGCGGUGUCCACAGUGGCUGUGGUGUUGCAUCAUUAAUCUGGUACAUUGGAUUUGUUGCUAUGGUUUCGAAACUAUAUUGGACAUCAUCCCCCAUUAGCACAUUGUCGAGUGUCACUUUCACGGCUGCGCCGAUUGCUAUCGCCUACAUCAUUCUUUUCCUGUUGUUCGUGAUGGUAGUCGUGGCAUAUCCCUCGUUCCGCAGAAAGAUGCACGAUUACUUCGAGCUCACCCACCGCUUCACCUCAUGGCUUAUUCUAGCCCUCUUUGUUGCCCUUCUCAUGCUGUUUGCCCAUGAAGUCAGUACAGCACAGAAGCAGACCAUGGGCUACUUCCUCAUUACUCUACCCGCAUUCUGGCUUUUAAUUGCGGCCAUCGUGGCAGUAGUCCACCCAUGGCUCCUACUGCGAAAGGUCCCAGUGGAACCCGAGCCUCUCUCUUCACACGCCGUGCGAUUGUCCUUCAACCACACGCCCAUCAGCUUCGCGAAGGGUAUUCAAGUCACGAAGAACCCUCUCCGCGACUGGCACAGCUUCGCCGGCUUCCCAGACCCCGUCCCAGAGCCUGUUGAAGAACCUACACCGGAGCCCGCUCCAGAGCCCGCGCCCGCCCCUGGUCGACAAUCCGCCCAAUUCAAAAAGGGCCACAGGAGAAGCUUCUCCAUUGUGGUAUCAAAGGCCGGAGAUUGGACCGCCGAUACUAUCGAGAACCCACCAAAGGAGCUCUGGAAACGGGGAUCACUGAUGCGUGGCGUUGGCUACGGUCUACGUCUCUUCAACCGCAUUAUCAUUGUGACCACAGGUUCCGGCAUUGGACCCUGUCUAGGAUUCCUUGGCGAUGAAAACCGACCUGCCAUCAAGGUUAUCUGGCAGACACGUACCCCGGAAAAGACAUACGGCCAAGAUGUCAUUGAUCUCGUUCAUAAGAUGGGCCCCGAUCCAAUCAUCUGGGAUACAUCUCUGAUGGGCCGCAUUGACAUGAUCCCUAUGGUGCGACAGCAAUACAGGGAGUUUAACGCGGAGGCAGUGUUCGUGAUUAGCAACCCUUCGAUGACCCAAAAAAUUGUUUACGAUUUCGAAUCUCAAGGGAUCCCGGCUUAUGGCCCGAUCUUUGAUUCAUGA